GGACUGGUUGUGCAAAGCCCGCAGAUGCGUCGGGCGCUCGCUGCUGCGCCAUAAACCCUCCUCGUCGUCGUCCUCCCCUUCGUGUUCGCCGUCCUCCCCUUCGUGUUCGCCGUCGGCCCGUCCCCGCCUCCGAUCCACUUCACGCCGGCCGGCUGGGAGUUGGUCGGCCGCCUCGGGUUCUUCUCUGGGCGUGUGCGAGCGUACUAGAGAACCAUGGAUGUCGAUAAUCAAGAAACGAUGGAGGAGACCAUCCUUGUUGGUGAUGAUCUCAUGCGUGGGCCACCAUCCCCUGUCAUACCAAAAGAGAUUGCAUCACAUGUCCUUGAAGGUGUUGAGCUUUGUGACAGUAUACUCAAAAAUCUUUUCCUAUGCUUACAAAUCAAUGAUAUUGAGCCAUUCUGCCAAGACGAAAUUGUGCUAUACCGACAAUGUGCUGAGAAAAGGGACAAGGAAAUAAGGGAGCGGAUGCAAGACAGUGAAUAUAAAUUGGGUUUUUCGAUGCCCCUGGAAGAAGCAAAGGAGAGAGCUACCCAACUCCAUUCAGAAGUCACGCUGCUAGAAAGGCGUAUGAUUCUUGCUAGUGGACUUGAGGGUAUGGAAGGAUUUCGCCAGAGGUGGAGCUUGCACGGACAGCUCGAAGAUACAAGGAAAAGGCUAGAAGCACUGAACCGUGGCGUGGCAAAAAGAGAGAACCAAAGUUCUACACGGGAAGGAACAGAACCGCCAGCUAGGAAGAAAUGGUUGUUUUGGUAGGUUGGUAUCUUUGUUUUCCGGCUUGCGAAAUAUUGUAGCUUACGGUGUAUUAGUUGCAAUAUCACGCACUUAUUAAUUUCUAAAGUACUCGGCCUCCAAACCAGCUAUUCUAUUUGCUGACGAAUGGGUCUGCUUUUAUCUAGCUGUAUUUUAAAUGUUAUAAAAAUAUGUAAAUCAAUGAACCGUAUACCUCGAAA